GCGCAGCGAACCGCGCCCGCGCAGCGACCCGCGCAGCUCCGCGCCCACCGUACCUGGCCCAGCAGCGCGGCGGGGAGCGGCUCGGCGGCCGGCCCGGCGAGUCCUCCCAGGCCUGGAAUUGUGUGGUAUCACAGAGCCAUGAUGAAGCUCCUGCCCGUUGCCCCUCUCCUCCUACUUCUCCUGACGACACUGGAAGCCAGACCAAAACCUGCAGCCCUGAAGUGCAGGACGGGUCCCCUGGACAUCGUGUUUGUGAUCGACAGCUCCCGCAGCGUGCGCCCCUUUGAGUUCGAGACCAUGCGGCGGUUCAUGAUAGACAUCAUCGGCAGCCUGGACGUGGGCCCCAACGCCACACGGGUGGGGGUGAUCCAGUACUCCAGCCAGGUGCAGAACAUCUUCUCCCUCAAGACCUUCUUCACGCGGGCGGACAUGGAGAAGGCCAUCAACAGCAUCGUCCCACUGGCCCAGGGCACCAUGACGGGGCUGGCCAUCCAGUAUGCCAUGAACGUGGCCUUCACCACGCAGGAGGGCGCGCGCCCUCUGCACAAGAAGAUCCCCCGCAUUGCCAUCAUCGUGACAGACGGACGACCCCAGGACCGUGUCACUGAGGUGGCCACCCAGGCCCGGAAUGCUGGCAUUGAGAUCUAUGCUGUGGGCAUCCAGCGGGCUGACAUGAACUCGCUGCGAGCCAUGGCCUCGCCGCCGCUGGAGGAGCAUGUCUUCCUGGUGGAGUCCUUCGAACUCAUCCAGCAGUUUGGGAAGCAGUUCCAGGACAAGCUCUGUGGGGUGGACGUGUGCAUGGAGCAGGAGCAUGGCUGCCAGCACAGCUGCAUCAGCACCCCCGGCUCCUUCUACUGUGAAUGCAACCCAGGCUACAGGCUCAACGUCGAUGGAAAGACCUGUUCCCCCAUCGAUGCAUGCGCAGACGGGAGACAUGGCUGUCAACACCAGUGUGUCAGCACUCGUGGGUCAUACCUGUGCCAGUGCCGUGCGGGUUACUACCUCAGCCAGAACAAGAGGAGCUGCUCUAUGAUCGAUUACUGCAGCUUCGGAAACCACAGCUGCCAGCACGAGUGCGUGAGCAUCCCCAACGGGCACUACUGCCGCUGCCGCAGUGGGUUCACGCUGCAGCCCGACAGCAGGUCCUGCAAGGCCACUGACCUCUGCAACGGGGUGGAUCAUGGCUGCGAGUUCAAGUGUGUGAGCACGGAGGGCUCCUACCGCUGCGUGUGCCCCGAGGGCCAGCAGCUCCAGGCUGAUGGCAGGGCGUGCAGCAAGUGUGGGGCUGGGCACAUCGACCUGGUGAUGGUGAUUGACGGCUCCAAGAGUGUUCGGCCCCAAAACUUUGAGCUGGUGAAGCAGUUUGUGAACCGCAUCGUGGACCUGCUGGAGGUGUCCCCCCACGGCACGCGGGUGGGGCUGGUGCAGUACUCCAGCCGCGUCCGCACUGAGUUCCCCCUCAACAAGUACCACAGCGCAGAUGAGAUCAAGAAGGCAGUGAUGGAGGUGGAAUACAUGGAGAAAGGCACCAUGACAGGCCUUGCCCUCAAGCACAUGGUAGAGCACAGCUUCUCCGAGCUGGAAGGUGCCAGGCCUCUCUCCCACAACAUCCCCAGAAUCGGGCUUGUCUUCACGGAUGGGCGCUCCCAGGACGACAUCUCCGAGUGGGCCAGGAGAGCAAAGGAGUCAGGGAUCAUCAUGUUUGCUGUGGGUGUUGGCAAGGCUGUGGAAGAGGAGCUGAGAGCAAUCGCCUCUGAGCCAGUGGAGCAGCAUUUCUCUUACUCAGCAGACUUCACCACCAUGACCCACCUCGUGGAGAACUUCAAGCUGAACAUCUGCCCAGAGGAGGGCAAAGGGAAGACGGAGAUCCGCAGCCCAUGCGAGUGCGAGGCACUGGUGCAGUUCCAGACAAACACUGUGGCCAUCCUGCAGAGCCUGACUGAGAAAAUUGCUCAGAUGACAGCCAGACUCGAAGACUUGGAAAAGCAGAUCACCAACAAGAAGUGAUCCUUGCAGAGGGCUGCAGCGGUUGGAUGGGACAGGGGGAUGUACAGUAGCUAUAUGGCAUUGUUAUUGCUAGGUUGUUGUAAAGCAUCAGUGUUUGUUCUUGUAUCCCAAAAGCCCCAGGGGGAUGCACACUGUAUUUAAAAAAAAACAAAAAUCCUAAAAAAAAAAGUCCCCACCCUUGAGCAAAACUGCUGCAAAACCAAGGGUUUCAGCCAUCACUGUUGCCUUGUUCUGCUGAAUUGGCAGGUCUGGGAUGACUGCAAGGGCAGGCUGGGCUUUGGAUGAGGAGAUGGAACACCCAGCCUUUUUCCAGAGCAACUGGGAUGAACCAGCCCCUGCGCAGCCCCCCAUGGCCCCCCAGCAAGCUGCUUUGCAAGGGGGAAAAAAAAAAUAUCUACUGUGAUCACGCUUUGAGAGCUUCUGCUGCCUCAGCAUCUGCUGCCCUGUAGUGGGGCAGGGAGAGCCGGGCACUGUGGCCAGUGCAUGGGGACGCAUGCUGCCAGGCCAGCUCCCAGCACAGCACCCGGCUGUGCACCCAGGGGUGAGUGGGCAGCAGGAAUUGUCAGAUCCCCUUGCCCCCAUUUUGGCAGAAUUGUUUGGGAGUUGGUCAUUAUCUUGUUUGGUUUUUUUAAUCACAUAGCAAAACGGUAAUAAUUCUUUCUAUAAACAUCUAUGCGUGUGUGUAUAUAUAUUUCAUUUUGAGAGCAGGGUAGUGCUAUUUUUAAACACUUCUUUUAUAUAAAGAAAUUUCUAUCCUGCUAAUAAACACCCUGAAGGUUUG